AUGCCGCCCACCGCCGCAAUCUGCUUCCCCCUUCCGCUCCCGCGCACGCCCGGCGCAGCCUUUCCCCGCGCACUUCUCCCCACAACAGACUCGAAAUCUGAUCGCUCGCUCUACGUUUCCCAUUUCGACGUCACUCGGAAGCCCACUUACCAUCCCGCGCCUCAUUCUGCCUGCGCGUUGUGCUUUGGCGGGGGGAAUCCGAGGCGCGCCAAAGAGCCGCGCCCUCGAAGAAGCGCGCAUAACGGCGGAGUGAGGCAGGGAACACUCGGCGUGAGACCGGAGGGUCGGCGCAUCCCCCUUGCGCGCGGAGCAGCGGGAGAUGAAGGCGGAGCAGCGAGGGCGCAAGUAGAAGGCGCGGGCGGAGCUGCGGAGGCGUCCGAUGCGCGCGUGGCGCGAGUGAUGCGCGUUUUACGGGAGGACCUGCCGGUGCAGUACGAGCGAGACCUGGAUUGGUCCAUCUACGAUGCCAGCGUGGCAUUCGUGGAUCCUGUUAGCAGCAUGUUUGCAGCGCCCAAGGAACGGUUGCAACAUGGCCCCCGCUCUCGUGCACACAACUUCCAGACAUCGCGACGUAGCUUCCCUUCUCCUCUCACUCUCUUCACCCCUCCUCCCCCCCUCCUCCCCCUCUCCUCCCCCUCUCCUCCACCCCCACUUUCCUGUUCCCCUCUCCAGAUCCCUCCCGACGCGCUCACCUGCUCGCCCUUCUCCCCGCGCGCGGGGCUGGAGGGGCGCGUGGGGGAGGCGGUGUGUGCAGUGCGGAGUGUGUGGAGCACAAGGGGGCAGACUCGGUGGGGGAAGACACUUAGCAUCACUGGAGACGACGUCUUUCGCGUCAACAGCACUGGCAAGAUCAUCACACAUGAAUCAGCGUGGAAUGAAUCUCCAUCACAAGUAUGGGAGGCAUUCAGACUAUAG